AUGCCCAAGGCAACACAGGGAAGCAGUACCAGAGAGAGCAAUAAGGGCUCUCUUGCACGCCAGCCCACGCGAGAACCACCCUUGGGUCUUGGGACUGCACUGACAGCCUCGGUUCUGUAUUUCGAGAAAGGGAUGGAGAAGAAAAAGGUGAUCCAAGUUUUGCCUGAUGAACCCUGGGUCAUCAGCGUAGGCACUAAUUUUCUGGAGGAAAGCUCUGGCAAAGUUUCAUCCCCCUUCUUCCUGAAGAAACUCUGGAAAAUUGUUGGAAGCAAUUGGCUUCAGUCAAUUUGGUGGGGCGAUGCUGGAAACUGCGUAGUGGUUGCUGAAAGAUUCUUAAAAAAGGUGCUGGGAAGGAGAGGACCUCUGCAAAUUUUUGAAACUGAGUCCAUGAAAAUGUUCAUUCAUCAGCUUCGUCUUCAUGGAUUCAGCAAAAUGGAAGGGGAUUCUCCAGUGUCUGCCUCACCUGGUGAACUUCGAGCACUAGCAGCAGCAGAUUCUGCUUUUGGCAAGUUACUCUUCUAUUAUAACCCCUAUCUCAAGAGAUAUCAUCCCCACCUGCCAUGAACCUGUAAGCAAAGUGCUGGUGUAAAAAAGACAGCAUCAGCUGCAUUCUCACUGGACCCAGAUUUGAAGGAAGGCUGCCUGAGAAGAAGCCCAGACAUUCAGGCUGCAGUAGAAGCUGCUUCUGUGGAGGAGAGCGAUCCCUUUGCAUCAGCUCCACAGGAGGACACCCUGAUAUCUGCACCCAGCAUCUCCACACCUACCGAGCCACGUGCUGAAGCAACGCCACUGAUUGGAAGUGCCCGAACAUCCCUAUCACCACAACUCAACAGCCACACCCUGGUUGGUGUCCAGGAUGCAGCUUCUGCUCCAUCUGAUACUUCACCACACCCCGUUCUACCUCCUGUACCAAACAGUCCUUUUACACCAGGGCUGGGGCUCCCCACCUUUCCAUUUGGGCAUCCAUAUUCAGCAGCUGCGCAGGCUCCCUGGGCUAGCCUGCUUCCCUUCUGGGACCCGUGGCUUUCAAUGUCCAUGCUGGCAGCAGCCGCUGCUGUUGCUAUGCCAAGGCCGCCACACUGCCAAGCUCCAGCAUGCCCUCAUUGCCCUGCUUGCACCUGCCAUCCAAAUAGUGCAGCUGCAGGCAAUGGGGUUGUACCCCAACACUAG